AUGUCUCUCGUCCUGGAGCUUCCCGCUGAAUACGGCUUCGUCCUCGUGGCCGCCACAUCCACCUUCUUCAUCAACACACUCCACGUUCUCCUCACUAGCAAGGCUCGCAAGCGAAGUGGUAUCAAGUAUCCCGUCGCCUACGCUUCCAACGAGCUCGCCGAGAAGGACGCCGAGGCCUUCAAGUUCAACUGCGCCCAGCGCUCACACGCCAACUUCACCGAGAACCAGAUUUCUUUCCUUGGUGCUCUUCUGAUCUCUGGUCUCCGUUUCCCCGUUGCCUCUGCCGUUCUUGGUGCUGGCUGGGCCUUCUCUCGUGUAUUCUACGCCAUUGGCUACUCUGCUGGUGGCCCCAAGGGACGCAUGGGUGGCUCAAUCGGCUCUUUCCUCUGCGAUACGUCGCUCAAGUGCAUGGCCGCCUAUACCUCCAUCAUGUUUGCCCUAGGCAACUAA